GGCUGGGAAGGGCCAGGGGGAAGCUCCUUGCCCCAGCCGGCCUCCUGGGGGUGCUCGCACUGCUCCUCUCUGCGGCGCAAUGAAAUUUCCUGCGGGCGCGGCGGUGCUGCGCGGUGCUGCGCGGCGCUGAGAUGGAGCGGGUGACACCGCCGCCGCUGCUGCUGCUGCUGGCCCUGCUCGCCCUGCUGGCUUCCCACGGAGGGACGCUGGCGCUGCUGGUGACGGCGCCCUACGCGCGCUGCGUCUGCCCGGAGGGGCAGAACGUCACCCUGAGCUGCCGGGUGAGCGGGCCCCUGGCCGACCGCCACGACCUGCUCUACAAAACCUGGUACUUCAGCAGCGCCGGCGACCAGAGCUGCAGCGAGAAGCAGCACAUCCGCAACCUGACCGAGAGGGAGCUGCACCACGUGGAGCCCGGCCGGCACCACGGCACGGCGCCCAACGGCACCGCCAGGGCCCCCCACGGGUGGCAGGGCGGCCACCGCGGCGUGGAGUUUGUCCCCAACCACCACGGGGCUUUCCACAUCGUGGUGAUGAACCUGACGCUGCAGGACAGCGGGAAUUACUGCUGCUACGCCAUGGAGGUGCGGCGGGAGCACGGCAAGCCCCAGACCCUGCAGGUGGCUCACGGCUUCGUGGAGCUGCAGAUCCAGAGAGGCAGAGGAGAGCUUCAAAACUGCACGUUUUACACCGCCAACAGCAAAGAUAUCACGGCCGCUGCGCUGGCGACGGGCGCCUGCAUCGUGGGCAUCCUCUGCCUGCCCCUCAUCUUGGUGCUGAUUUACAAACAGAGGCAAGCGGUCAGCAGCAGACGUGCCCACGAGCUGGUCCGAAUGGAGAGCAGCAGUGCCCAGGGCAUCGAGAACCCCGUCUUCGAGGCGCUCCCCGCGGGCAGCGUGGAGCCCCGGCCCCGGCCCCAGCUCUCCUACCUGGCCAGCCGGCAGCCCUCCGAAUCCGGCCGGCACCUCCUCUCCGAGCCCAACACCCCCUUGUCCCCCCCGGGCCCCGGGGACUGCUUCUUCCCCACGCUGGACCCCGUUCCCGACUCGCCGAAUUCCUUGAAAGCCUAAAGAGGCUGGUGGCAAAAGCGACGGAGGAGGCCAGCGAGCUGUGGCCGCACCAGGAGGCAGCAUGGCCAGGGCGGGCAGCAGCUCCCACCACCAAUCAUGGAAAAUUCAGAAAAAUAUCUAUCUAACGAACUAAAAAGACCUCCUCACCUUCCUCUCCCUACCACCUGGACGCCAACCGCUGGUUUCCCUUCGUGCUGUGAGGAAGACCAGGCGGUGAGGGCUGUGAGCGAACAUUUCCCUGCCUGGCACCAGGCGACACCGAUGGCCAUGGCAGGGGCAGGGAGGAUGCCAAGAAGACUCAAACAACAGCAAAAUGCCUUAAUAAACAAAGCCAGGCGCAGGAGCCCUGCCUGUUCCUCCCGUACUGGCUCUGCCCUGCGGAUGGACGUGACCCCUCUUGCUUGGGUUUUGAUUUUUACUGCCUAUUUCCACGGAGAAGAGCAGGGAGAGCGCGUGGCCGCGCACACCCCUUUCUGCGCACGCCCCGUGCCCGGACGGAGCCUAUUUACUUUUUAUUGACAAUGAGCAUUGUGGUUCUCACCUUUUGCCUAAACCCCGGAGGAUGCAUAAGAGAAAAGAUGGAAGGAAGAGCAGCUCCCGGCCCCGGUGUGCCCGAGCAGCCGGGAGCCGCGUCCCACCGGAGCUGGGAUGCCGGGAGGGCGUCCUCCUCCUGCACGCCUCCCCCAGCCCUUCUUAAUUUAUUUCCAGGGCUGCAACCUGCGCAGCGCUAACCCGGCCAGCUCUCCUUGGCGGCACAUCCUUUCCAGGAGCGUAUGGCAAAGUACUUGAGCCGCGGCGAGACAAAACAGUGUCACCGGCCAGCAUUGGAUGGAGGGUUUCUGUGCCAAACAGGAAGGGGAACGGCUCGCUCCUGCUGGGGGAGUCCUCCUGCCCCGGCUGCCUGUGAUUCAUUACCAGUGAUGAUUAAAAAAAAAAAAAAUAAGGAUGCUUA